CUGCGUGGUGGGACGGCGGCGCGCGCGGUUGCUCAGCUCUCAGCGCUCCGAGCGCCAGCCGCCAGCAUGGACGCUCGCCGCGUGCGGCAAAAGGAUCGCAGAGCAAAGAAGAACUUCAAGAAAUUCAGAUAUGUGAAGUUGAUUUCCAUGGAAACCUCGUCAUCCUCUGAUGACAGUUGUGACAGCUUUGCUUCUGAUAAUUUUGCAAACACAAAACCUAAAUUCAGGUCAGAUAUCAGUGAAGAACUGGCAAAUGUUUUUUAUGAGGACUCUGAUAAUGAAUCUUUCUGCGGCUUUUCAGAAAGUGAGGUGCAAGAUGUGUUAGACCAUUGUGGAUUUUUACAGAAACCAAGGCCAGAUGUCACUAACGAACUGGCCAGUAUUUUUCAUGCCGACUCUGAUGAUGAAUCGUUUUGCGGUUUCUCAGAGAGUGAGAUACAAGAUGGAAUGAGGCUGCAGGCAGACCACGCAGGCUGUCGGACCCGCAGUCAGUGCAGAAGUUCCGGACCUCUCCGGGUGGCCAUGAAGUUUCCAACUCGAAACACCAGGGGAGCAGCCAGCGAGAGAGCAGCGCCCCCUGAACCCUCAGAGAAUUCUGUGACCGAUUGCAAUUCUGAUUCAGAAGAUGAAAGUGGCAUGAAUUUUUUGGAGAAAAGGGCUUUAAAUAUAAAGCAAAACAAAGCAAUGCUUGCAAAACUAAUGUCAGAAUUAGAAAGCUUCCCUGGCUCCUUCCCUGGAAGGCGUUCCCUGCCAUGCUCCAGUUCACGUCCAAAGACACCCCGAAGGCGCACCUUCCCAGGUGUCGCCUGCAGGAGAAACCCUGAGCGGAGAGCUCGUCCUCUCACCAGGUCAAGGUCUCGGGUCCUUGGGUCGCACAGUGCCCUGCCCACGGAGGAGGAGGAGGAGGAGGAGGAGGAGGAAGAGGAGGAGGAGGAAGAGGAGGAGGAGGAUAAGUACAUGUUGGUGAGAAAGAGGAAGCCCAUGGCCGGCUAUGUGAAUGAAGAUGACAUGCCCCGAAGUCGUCGCCCCGGAUCCAUGACCCUUCCCCAUGUAAUUCGCCCAGUGGACGAAAUCACGGAGGAAGAAUUGGACAACAUCUGCAACAACUCUCGAGAGAAGAUCUAUAACCGUUCAUUGGGAUCGACUUGUCAUCAGUGCCGCCAGAAAACUAUGGAUACCAAGACAAACUGCAGAAACCCAGAGUGCUGGGGCAUUCGAGGCCAGUUCUGCGGGCCCUGCCUUCGAAACCGUUACGGUGAAGAAGUCAGGGAUGCUCUGCUAGACCCAAGCUGGCACUGCCCACCGUGUCGCGGGAUCUGCAACUGCAGCUUCUGUCGGCAGAGAGAUGGACGGUGUGCAACUGGGGUGCUCGUGUACUUAGCCAAGUACCACGGCUUCGGGAACGUGCAUGCUUACUUGAAAAGUCUAAAACAGGAGUUUGAAAUGCAAGCAUAAUAAUUGGAAGAUCCACUACCUGCCUUCCACUUCACAAAUCUUCCUUGUUUUGAAGUUUUCAAUUUUGUCAUGUGAUUGAAACCCGAGUUUAAGUAUUCUGAUGAUCAGUCUGUCUUAUAGGCAAAUCAGGUUAACCGCAUUAGACAUGCACGCGUGUCUGGGCGUCACGGGGGUGUAGUGCCAGCUGUACUCUGCCCUCCUGCAGUUUCUCCCUUGCAUUUCCCCUCACCCCUCAUCCCAUGCCAUCCCCCUCUUAUCUCCAGUGGUUCUCUUCCAUUAUUUAGUUUCAGAAUCCUUGUUUUUUUUUCUUUUUUUUGUUGGUACGCGGGCCUCUCACUGCUGUGGCCUCUCCCGUUGCAGAGCACAGCCUCCGGACGCACAGGCUCAGCGGCCAUGGCUCACGGGCCCAGCCGCUCCGCGGCAUGUGGCAUCUUCCCGGACCGGGGCACGAACCCGCGUCCCCUGCAUCGGCAGGCAGACUCUCAACCACUGCGCCACCAGGGAAGCCCCAGAAUCCUUUUUAAAUGACAAUUUUAUGAAAGCAUGUUUGAUUUAAUUGGUGUUGAAAUAGCCCUGGAAUCCACCCAUAAAACCAAGCACUUAGAAACGCAGUAGUAGUGUUAACUAACUACAUCUCUCGAUUUCCAGAGACUAGCCCUCUAACUUGCUUAUGUGAAAACACUGGGUCCGAUUUAGUGUUCACUGACAUUUUUAACAGAAUCAAGGCACAAAAGUCUUAAAACCAUGUGGAAAAAUUAGGUGGUUGUUGGCAAGUGGAGUAUAUGACUGUGGAGGCCUCUCAGGAGAAUAUUCCAUGUAUUGUGCUUAUUAUUCAAGUUGUCACAGUUGAGGCUUAGUUGCUGCUGAUUUCUUCCACCAAGUGCAUCUGGCCCACACGGUCAUGACCCAAAGGUUCUUGGGCAGUGCUAUGCUUGAAAUCAUUGUAGAAAAGCCAUCCUGGGGAAUUGGGACGGGGAGCCUUCAGGAGUAGGCCAAUUUGAAUUCAUGGAAUAAAACUUCAGGGUAACUGUAGUUUGCCAAGUUGAUUUCAGUUCAUAACGUAAGGUAUUUCAAAUAAAUUCUUGCUUAUGUUGCAUGGUAAAUUGAUACUUAUACUCAGCUACAAUUCUUUGCGGUUUUUACUUUCUUGAAGAAAUUAUAAGCCAGGCACAGGGUUCACAUUCAGGUUUGAAGCACUUUUAUAACACUGAGAAGUGCCUUUUUGGAGAAGGGUGACUUUCAACAGUUUGCUAACUUGACAUCUCUGCCAGUUUAGUUUCUGGGCAGAGUCCAUGUGUCGUCUCUCCCUCCCCCUGUUUCAGCAUGAAUCAAAUCGUUCGAUAGAGGUAGAAUCUAAGUGUGUGUGUGUUCAUUUUGCUUUGCAUCUGCGGCCCGUAGCUGUGCCUGUGCAGUGUUUGGUGCAUAAUUGGACCUUGAAUCAAUAAAUGUAAAUAGGGCAUUUGAUCUGUUAUGCUUUUAUACAAAAUUUUUUAUUUUAAUAAUAA